AUGUCCCUGCUGAGAGACUCUGAUCUGGAGGAAGUGCACAGGAAGAUAAUCGACGGGACUAUUGAAAAGUGCAGCCAGUUCUACAACACAAGGAUUUUAGAGGCGAUAAAAAUACGGUGGCUGAAGAUAUACGAGAGGAAGCUGCAGGCUGCGGACAAGGGCCCUGAUGACCAGCCGGGCGUGUCGCAGCAGCAGGGAGCCCCCAACGCUAACGUGAACGACGACUUUGGAGACGACGCCUUUGAAGACGACGAAUUUGAGGACGCCGAAAUUGAGGAGAAGGAAAUUGCAGAGUUUGAAGAGCAUGUCCAGGAUGACGAAGCGGACGAACUGAAUGAGCUAGACGACAUCUCCAUAAGUGACCUGAGCGACGUGGACCCCCCGACAUCCAACGUGAUCGUCGGCAUCUGCGACAAGAUAACGAAGCCGUGUGGACGCAGAAACGCAAGCAGCAAUUGGAAGAUAAAACUUAAGGGAGGACUGAUGAAGGUGGACGGCAAGGAGAUGUUCUUCCGCAGUUUGCAGGGCGAGCUGGAACCGUUUUUGGAUUCCCCUCCCCCGAUGGCGUCCUCGCCUGGGCGCGCCCGGCUAAUGGCCACGGCCACCAAAUCCAUAUGCAUUGUAGGAGGCGGCGUGGACUCUCUCUGUCUAGCCCUAUACCUGGCCAAACAGAAACACCAAGUGAAACUUCUAAACGUUAAGAUUAAAUGCAGCCUGAUUGACACUGCGUACUGGAAGCAUAACGUAUUCGAAGUGGGUAGACAUUAUACCUUCCCCUUUGGUGGGUCCUCUGCUCGUUUCAAUGAACUCCUUCGAUGGGUGAAUGCAGAGGGUGAAGUCAUUUUGAGCAACCCGUACGCAAACAACCUUUCCUACCUGGAUGAGCAUGGAAGAAUUUACCGAGUCAAUGAGUUUAUUCUCAAAAUUUUGUUCUACCUUAUGAAGGAUUACCUCUUCGGAGCCUCCAUCACCCCUAACCCUAAAGACGAACGCAUGGACUCGUUCCUGUUGAAACGAUUCGAUGCUAACUUAUUCGAGAGUGUGAUUAGUCCAUACUGCUUCCACUACUUUGGGUAUUCUCCCCGGGAUGUGUUGAUGCGCGCGAACUUCUCCCAUUUCAUGGACCGCCUGGGGGAAGAGAAAUCCCUCAUCAAGACGCUGCGCGCAAUCGCCAGAAAAGGUAGCUCCUCCAUCUUUAACAACAAAAAGAAAAUCGGAAAGUUCGGCAAGGGAAACGUCACCCUGGUCAGCAAACUUCGGGAGCACCUGCAACUAUGCAGCAACGUCGAAGUGAUAACUCCGAGGGGAGACCUACAAAUAAGGUGCAUGCGCCGCGGGGUAAAGGUACAUCUCGGAAGGAAGUCCUUCAAAUGUGAACAAAUCAUUUUCUGUUUGAGUCCACACGAACUGAAGGACCUUCUGAGGAACGUGAUCUUCGAGGAGAAGAAAAAAGACACGCUUUUGAAAAAAUAUUUGUGGAAAUUCCGCUCCCAGGCGGUUAGAAUUUCUAACGUUUGCUUCGCCAAGAAUGUGUUGCCCUUGUCGCACUCGUUGGAAUCCCUCCUCUUGUUCAAACAGAACAAACAGAACAAGCUGAUCUCUCUCCUGUACGAGCGCAACAUAUUCCCCCCCCCGUGUGAUGAGCCUAGUGGACUAGAGGAGGAUUAUCCAGGAGAACCCUCGCCGGAGGGGGGCCUUUACGAGACGAGCCUGCGAUUUAUGAGCAGAGAAACGGAUGAACGCAAAUCGGUGGAGGAAAUAAAUGGUUUUCUUCGAGGCGUCUUGGGUGUGCAUGAAAAGCCCGACUUGCUCAUCAGCCACGUCCACCACGUCUUCCCUUUCGAUGCGCGCGCCGACCAGGUGUACAAAAAGAUAAUUAGCAGAAAGUGCAAGAGGGUACGGCUCUUCUGGCCAUUCUACUUUUUUAGAAGCUUCGAGUUUUGCCUGGAGGAAGCCAAGCGGCUUAGCGAUUCGGUGUAG